AUGCCUCCAUUACCGGGUGAAGAGCGAAUGUUGACUGUCUUCGCGGACGUCCAUUCCUAUUUCUCAGAGCCUACUCCCAAGCCCAUCCAUCAUCGAUUCGACAAGGGCUCGUAUCUCUACAUCUACCACGAUGCUGCCCAGCACAAAUCCCGGAUUGAGGUCGCCAAUAACCCGGGAACACCUUUUCAGGAUGCAUUCAAUGGAGCGCUGGACCGUGUUCAUAUAGACCAUUCGACUCGUUUCCCCACUCUCUGCACCGUGACAGUCGAUGGACCAGAUCCCAAUCCGCAAGCGUUCCCUCCUCCCCCAAAUCCUGCCAGUCUUUAUGAAUGGCGACUGCCCAGCAGCGACCAGGAUGAUCUCUUCCGCCUGCACACGCUGGACGUGUAUUUCUGGACGCAGGAAGAUGUCAACCAGUUCUUGGACGUGAUUGAGAGCAUAUUGUCUCCCUCACAGAUUGCAUCAGACAGACAUCCACAGUUGGAGAACCACAGCCACGACGAAAGCCAUAACAACAUUAGUUCAGUGGUACAGCAGCUCGAGAACGUGGCCGUGACAGACCCGGCAUAUCAAAACGGCCAAACACGAAAUUCUCGGACCGAGACAUUUCCAACCUCGAAAACAACGCCAGUGCAUGCUGGAAUCAACACCUUUCCUCCUCCCCCUCCAUCAGCAACGUUACCUCCUGCGCCCACUUCUGCUACUCCAAGCAUUAGCCCGGCUCAGCAAGGAACGCCUUUCUCCCAACCACCAGCAGAGCAGCAUCAGGAACCCGCACAAUGCGCACCUCUACCAUACAACCCCGCCGCACCAGCUGCCCCCGAGCCCAUCCAGCAUCGCGAAAAGACACCACCACCAGCAGACGGUGCUGACGGGACCGGCCUACAAGCAGCUGUGGCAGCCGACCAUGGCAUCCCAUACACGCCCCCAUCGCAAACCCCAGGCGCGUUCGCAUCCCCUCCGACCCAGCCUCUGCCCUAUUCAAUGCCUGGAGGCUAUGCAUCGCCACCUCCCAGCGCCGGACUACCCCCAAGCAGUGCGCCUGGUCUGACACAUUCCGGGUCCCUCUCCUCCCGCUCUUCAUCCAUUCAAAGCCCCCCGGGUGUGCCACUCAUGCCCACAUAUGCGGCUAGUCCAUCAUCCCCGUUCUUCCCAGGGAAUGUACAACAACCGCAACAGCUCAACCGGACGGGAUCCCUCUCUUUCGCACCACCCCCUCAACCUCAACCUCAACCCCAGCCACAGACUCAGCCCCAGGCCCAAGCCCAAGCUCAAACUCAAGACCCCAACGCAUACCUUUACCAAAUCCAGCAACAGCAACUUCAACAGCAACAACAACAACAACAAUACCUCUACAAUUCUCAAAACCCCCAAGCCCAACUCCAACUCCAACUCCAGCAACAGCAACUCCAACAAAAACAACAGCUCGCUCCCGCCCCACAAAUUGGACAAUUCACUAUCCCCAACACCAACGAAUUUGAUCCAAAUGCUCAUCUCUACGCACAACAGCUACAACUACAGCAACAGCAGUUGCAACAGCAGCAACCGCAACAGCAACAACAGACGCUGUCAAAGGGCGCCGGUGCCGUGCCUGCGCAGCGACCGGGCAAGUUGGAGAAUCGUGCUGCGAGGGUGGAGAGCGGAGUAAAUCGGUUUCUGAAGAAAUUGGAGAAGAAGUUGUAA